CAGAGGUCGAGUGGCUAUAGCACUUGUGGCAGUAUCCGCAGUAUAAUAGUUCCCCGCCGUUCUUUACGUGAGCUUCAGCCUCACGCAGAUACCAGAGCUAAGUUGGUAGCGACCUGAAGAAGUUUCGUUCUCGAGUACUACCGUAUCACGAAGCAGGCAGUCCUGGAUAUACGCCAAGUACACACGAAUCCUCCAUUUGUCUAUUUGAUAACGCCAGCAUAAACACGAGACUGUGUAUAGGCAGAAGUCAUGGAAUCAGAAGCGAGAAAUCAAAUUAAUAACGAUUAUAACGAGUUCUUCUACGCGACCAUGUGUCACGUUUGCAAACGGUUUGGCGACGGCGUCCAAUUGAAGAGAUGCGGUGGCUGCAAGAUGAUCUCGUAUUGCAGUAAGGAACAUCAGAAGCAGCACAGGAAGCAGCACAAACCUUUGUGCAAAGCCAUACGGAACGUGCUGCGAAACUACAGUAUGGAUUAUGGCGAUGAAACUGCAGAGGAAUGGGGCGACAAGAAGCUGACCUUCGAGCAGCUAGUGUCGUCCAAGCUAGGACGUCGCCUGAAUAUGACUGAGAUGGAUAUGUUCUUUUUUCCAAAAGAGUGCCUGGUUUGCUACGACCAGAACAUCAAGUCGUUGGAAGAUUGUCAGAAGUGUGCUGCCAGCGUUUGUAAAAAUCACAAAGAUUGCAUCCUGGAGCACAGGAACAUCUGCGCUACCCUGGAACUAUGUCUUCAUUCAGAUUUAUUUUCUAUGCGAGAGGAAGACAGUUAUACGGACUUGGAUGUUUACUUGCAACACAUUUCCUGCACGAGUACAUUUCAGAACAUGAAAGACUUUAUAAAGGCUUGUAUGAAUAUCCAGACUGACUCGGAGAUGUCGUGCAAUGUCGGGGCAGUUUUAGACUCAGAAUGUCUGACACAUUCCUUAACGUUGUUUUUUGCUAUGCGAUUAUUAAAGUAU